AUGAACGCGGCAUCUCUUCUUCUGUUGGUACAUUGUUUGUUCACGUUUACUGUUUCAGUUAAUGCAGAUGAUAUCGGCUCACUCGAUGCUGAAGAUCGAGUAAACUCAGAAGAUGCUGAAGAUCGAGUAGACUCAGGAGAUGCUAAAGAUAAAGUAGACUCAGGAGAUGCUAAAGAUAAAGUAGACUCAGGAGUUUCAGUUAUUGCAGAUGAUAUCGGCUCACUCGGAAUAGUAACGCAAUAUUUAGAUCAGUAUAUGAAAGCUUACAUAAAAGCGACACUAAACUACUUUAUUGUUCUUGAACAAGCAAAAACUUUUGGUAAACUUGGUGACGACAUUUUGGUUGAAAAAGUUCAAAAUUUAAUGAAAUCAGUAGUUUCGAAAAAAUGGGAAGCCAGGUUACAGCUCACCAAUGCAGAAAUUCAAUACGUAACAGAAUUACAAGCAAUAAAUGAGCCAAACUCCGAAAUAGUGGAGGAAAAACAAGACGGUUUAGAGCUAUUGGAACAAGAAUUGAAUCCAUUGAUAGAUGAUUUUAAAUCAAAAUUGCCAGACGCAAUACGUGCGUUGCAAGCUUAUCGAUCUGAUAGAAGUAACCGACAAAAAUGGGUUCAAUAUAUAACACAUAGUCAAGAAGUAAAUGAUGGCGCCUAUCAAAUAGGAUACCAAAUAAAAGAUAUAGAAUUUCAAAGAUUGGAGGUUAUGAAAGAUAACUUUGUUUUGAAUCUGAAACCAUUAUUCAAAGACUUAUCAUCAAUAUUGAAAAUUAACAUCGAAGGCGGUGGGAUUAUUUCCACUGACGAUCAAUAUGAAGUAGCUUCAGAUGAUAAUACUUGUUUGAAAUAA